AUGUUUUCAAGUAGCCAAUUUACUGCUACUGAUAAUGCCUCUCAAAGACCAAUAAUUUUGGUAAUAAAAUUGGCGAGAGAGAAAAAACGAGUAAUUCCAGAUUAUCAAAAUGAAAAUGAAAACCUCUCCUUACAAUUGAUUGGAGUAAAGACGAAACUUAUAACACUUGCAGUUUUCGAGUUUUUCCUCACACAACUUCAGGUUACGAAAUUUAAUCAAAAUAUGUAA